ACAGGGCGAUGCUGGAUGAACCAAUAAGGAGUCAGAGCUGCAGCUGCAGCGUGUGUGAGACAGGAAGCCAGAGACACAGGGACUGCAGCUGGAGGCCCAGGGAUCUCAUCAAACCGGCUGCUGCUGCUGGAGAGAGAUUCUGGGGCUGCAGAGAAGGUGGAAGGAAAAUGUCUGAAAGGGUUUCUGGCUUGCAGGUCCCAGUGUCAUUUGCCGAUGUCUCAGUCUGUUUCACCCGGGAGGAGUGGGAGAUCUUGGCGGAAUGGCAGAAGAAGCUGUACUGGGACGUGAUGAGAGAGAACUAUGAGAUGCUGAUAUCGCUGGCUGACUGGGGUGAUAUGCCAAAACCUGCCCUCUUGCUGCUGACGGAGGAAGGGGGAAAGCCUGGUGCGGAGGAGGCCUCUGCCUGGGAGGCCCUGGCCCCGGUGUCUAUGGUUGCCGAAUGCCUGAAUGCAAGUGGAAAGGUGAAACUGGAGGACAAUGAAGUUGAAAUCCAAAUCCCUGAGCGUCUCCCUUUGUCUGUGGAGGAAAGGCCCGUUUCGUGGGGCUCGGAGAGUAGUGCGUCACCUUUGGGUGGUCAGCUGCACACGGCCCCCCAGGCUGCUCUCGGCGACGUCGAUGGCAAAGCUCCCGCUGUCCUCACUAAGUGCAAGCCAGAGCCCUUCGGGGAGGUGGAAGUUCCACGCGAGUGUCCUUCGCGGCGUGGUGGCAGUUUGCGAUGGCAGCAGCAGGCCGACGGCCCCGCCCCGCAGGAGGCUCGCUGCCGUGUGAAGGAAGAGAUUGAAGAUGGCGGCUCUGGAACGGGUUUCAGUGCUCAGCAGUACCAGAGCGCCCCCAGAGAAGAGGCAGAGGCUCCUCCAUGCACCAAGUACGAUGAAAGCUACAGCCCGUGGCUGGGCGCCGCCGGCAGCCAGAGGACUCGUGCGGGAGCGGAUCCGUCCAGCGGCAGCGAAGACCAGUGUGUUGUCAUCUGCAAGACCGAGAUAAUGGAUGACCUCCAGGUUCACAUAGUGGAGGAGCCUUAUCCGGGCGAGUCCCCGGGCGGCGAGCAGCAGCGAGAUCAGCGGAGAGCGCGGCUCCUGUGGUGCUCCAAGUGCGACAGAGACUUCCUGCGCCGCUCGGACCUGGUGAGGCACUGCCGAGUGCACAACGGUGAGCGGCCGUACCGCUGCAACCGCUGCGGCAAUGGCUUCCGCCGGCGCUCGCACCUCAACGAGCACCUGCGCACGCACACGGGCGAGAAGCCCUUCCGCUGCAGCCUCUGCCCCAAGAGCUUCAGCCGGCGCUCCACCCUCAACAAGCACCAGGAGACCCACGCCAAGGGGCAGCCCUGGAGACACGCCGAGUGCCCCAGGGAGCCAGCCUGGCAGAAUGACCCGCCAAAGCUGCGCCGGGCCCGCAAGGUGGACAAGGCCUACCGAAGCGGGAGGGGCCAAGCGACCUUCAGCACGCUGGGGCCUGCGGCCCAGCACAAGAGGAUGCGUGCCGGGGGGAAGCCCUUCUCUUGCGGUGUCUGCGGCAAGGGCUUCAGCACGCGCUCCUACGCCGCCAAACACGAGCAUGCCCACCUGGAGGAGCGGCCCUACCCCUGCGCCCUGGGCCCCGAGAGCUUCACCGGGCAGCAGGCCCUGGCCAGGCACCAGCGGGCGCCCAGCGGCGAGAAGCCCUUCCCCUGCGGCUUGUGCGGCCGGUGGUUCCGCCGGCGCUCCCACCUCAGCGACCACCUGCGCACGCACACCGGCGAGAAACCUUUCCCUUGCCACCUGUGCCCCAAGAGCUUCAGCCGGCGCUCCACCCUCAACAAGCACCAGGAGACCCACAUGCGGCCAGGCCUGCUCGCUGCCCCGGACAGGGACCCCCUCCACAAGCUGCCCCCCCGCAGCCACCCCGCGGCCAAGCCCUACCCCUGCGGCAGGUGCCACAAGAGCUUCAGCACCCGGGCCUAUGCCCUGCGGCACGAGAGGUCUCACACCGGGGAGAGGCCGGGUCCGCCUGGCAUGGGCGACCGGAGCUUUGGCAGACAGACUCGCACCGUCAAGCACGAGACCGACCCCCGGGGAGAGGAGCCGUGUUGGCCCCAGGGCCACGGGAACGGGGUCUGGUCACAACCGCUCACUUUCAAGGAGAGGCCAUUCCCAGGGCCGAGCGUCCUGGGGCGAGCGCCAGAGCAUCCACCUGCUCCUGCCAAGGCCAAGCCCUACCCCUGCCCUCUCUGCCCCCAGAGCUUCAGGAGCCCGCUGGCUUUGAAGAGGCACCAGCCGAGCCACACGGCGGAGAAGCCCUUCUCCUGCAGCCUGUGCCACAAGCAGUUCCGCCGGCGCUCCUACCUCAGCGUCCACCGGCGGGUGCACCUGGAGAACGGCCCCUACCAGUGCGCCCUGUGUGAGAAACACUUCAUCUUCAAGUGCGACUUCGUCAAGCAUUACGGCUUCCACACGGGCGAGCGGCCCUACCCCUGCAGCCGCUGCGCCCGCAGCUUCCGCAAGCAGUCGCACCUCACCGAGCACCUCCGCAUCCACACCGGCGAGAAGCCUUUCCCCUGCACACGGUGCGGCAAGCGCUUCGGCCGCCGCUCCACGCUGACCAAGCACCAGCAGAUCCACGCCCGGCGCGCGCCCCUCCGCUGUGCCGACUGCUAGAAAGCCUUCGCCGUGGAGUCGGUCUUUAUCAUGCACCAGAAAAUGCAUGGCAGGACGGCCACGCCCAGCGUGUGACUCCGUUUCCAGAAGCACGGCAUAACUGCAUGGGCCACAACAUCUGGCCAGCUGAUGAUCUGUAGCCAGCUGCUGCAUGGGACAGGGAGUCACUCCAAAGGCCAGCUUUGCUGACUGCCAAAGUGGAGAAGGGGUCUAGUCAAUUGCCGGGUGCCUCCCCUUUAACAAAUGCACUAGAGUUAUUCUCAUGACUGCAGCAUGGAAAGCUUUGCUUGGAUCAUACAGCAGGCUGGAGGAUACAUAAGACAUAAGAGAAAUUAUUUAAAUGUAUGAGCUAUUCGUUAUGCCUCUGGGUGAGUCCCCAGCAGUGGGGAUUGAACCUGGGAUAUUAUCAACACAUGAGCCUCUCUCCUGCUUGGGCUAAAAGACUCAGCUGUUUAAGGCUAAGAACGGCCACGCUGGGUCAGACCAAAGGUUCAUCUAGCCCAGUAUCCGGUCUUCCGACAGUGCCAAGUGCCCCAGAGGGAAUGAACAGAACAGGGAAUCAUCAAGUGAUCCAUCCCCUGUCGCCCAUUCCCAGCUUCUGGCAAACAGAGGCUAGGGAGACUCAGAGGCUGAGGCUGCAUCCCUGACUAUCUGGGCUAAUAGCCAUUGAUGGACCUGUCCUCCAUCAACUUAUCUAGUUCUUUUUUUGAACCCUGUUACAAGUUUGGCCUUCACAACAUCCUUGGGAAAAGAGUUCCACAGGUUGACUCUGCGUUGUGUGAGGAAGUACGUCCUUAUGUUUGUUUUAAACCUGCUGCCUAUUCAUUUUAUUGGGUGACCCCUAGUUCUUGUGUUAUGAGGAGUAAAUAACAUUUCCUUAUUCACGUUCUCCACACCAGUCAGGAUUUUAUAGACCUCUAUCAUAUGCCCUCUUAGUUAUCUCCUUUCCAAACUGAAAAGUCCCAGUCUUUGUAAUCUCUCCUUAUAUGGAAGCUCUUUCAGACCCCUAAUCAUUUUUGUUGCCCUUGUCUGUAUCUUUUCCAAUUCUAAUACAUCUUUUUUGAGAUGAGGUGACCAGAUCUGCACACAAUAUUCAAGGUGUGAGCAUACCAUGGAUUUACAUAGAGGCUGUUUGAUAUUUUCUCUUAUCUAUUCCUUUCCCAUUGCCAGUCUGUUCGGUUUUUUGACUGCCGCUGCUCAUUGAGCAGAUGGUUUCAGAGAACUAUCCAUGAUGACUCCAAGAUCUUUCUUCAUACAUCAUUUUUUAUGUAUGGUUGGGAUUAUGUUUUCCAAUGUGCAUUACUUUGCAUUUUAUCAGCAUUAAAUUUCAUCUGCCAUUUUGUUGCCCAGUCACACAGUUUUGAGAUCCCUUUGUAACUCUUUGCAAUCUGCUUUGGACUUAACUACCUUGAGUAAUUUUGUAGUGUUUGCAAAUUUUGCCACCUCACUGUUUACCCCUUUUUCCAGAUCACUUAUGAAUAUGUUGAAUAGGACUGAUCCCAAUACAGACCCCUGCAGGACACCACUAUUUUCCUCUCGCCAUUGUGAAAACUGACCAUUUAUUCUUA